CAAUAUGCACUGUUAAAAUAACACCAGCUUAUUUUCACAUUUGCGCUGUCCGCUCAGGUUAAACGUCGGCCAGCUGAGCAAGAAAGAAAGAGCGAGAGAGAGAGAGGGGGUGUUGCAAGCAACCAACCCCUCAUCUCUCCAUUCCCCUUCCCUCGCCUCCUUCGGGCCACGCCGAGCAGCAGAUCAAUAUGGGUUUUAAUUGAGGAGCAUGUGUAUCAUUCUUCCUUAGUCGUAGUAGUUGGGAUCUGUUGGGAUUUGUCCCCGAGGAACAAAAGGGAUUACAAAGAGAGAGCGACAGAGACUGGGAAAUAGGGCAGAAUAUAUAGCAGUCGCUUCUUUUAGUUGUGUUUGUUUAAACUCCCGGAGCGGAGCAUAUGAUACUUGUGCGUCGUUGCAUGCACUUCUUUUCUGGGGAUACCGCGUAAUAUUUACGCGCUGUGAAACACGGAGCUGGAGCGACGUCUAUUCGGUCCUGGACGCACGAUGCUGAUCGGCACCUCUGCCCAGGGCAACCCCCUCCUGGCCUCCCUGCCUGUUCCGGGACGGCCCCUGCAGCCCCACCUGGACCUCAAGCACUUCCUGCCCUUCAGGCUCAAUGGAUCGUCCCCCCUCAGCCUCUUCCCUAACUUCAGCACGAUGGACCCGGUGCAGAAGGCGGUGAUCAACCACACGUUUGGCGUCCCUCAGCCACUCAAGAAGAAACAGAUCAUCUCCUGUAACAUCUGUCACCUGCGCUUCAACUCCCCGAACCAGGCAGAGGCGCACUAUAAGGGGCAUAAACAUGCCCGGAAGCUGAAAGCCAUGGAGACCCAGAAGAACCGUCAGCGUCGACUUGGGGAAGCUACGACCACAGGCAAGGAGAGAGACCGGGAACGAGAACGGGACAGGGAGAGGGCUAAGACUGCUGCAACUGUUACACUUCCCACUGAGACCCUCCCCGCACUCAUGGACACAGGCCCGAUGGAGGCAACGAAUUUGCUGCCUGCUGACCUGGAGCGAGUGGUGAAUUGUGAGGCUGUGAAGCUGGGCAAAAGCCCCGGCAGCAGCAGCUCUGUGAUGCUGACCCCUGUAUCUGAGGUGUCCUCCAUGGAGCUGGCCACCCUGUCCCCCGGGCCCCAGGGAGAGGUGUCCCCCUCCUCACAGGCCUCAGAGAGCGGAGCCUCAGACACCAGUGGUCCCGAGCAAGGCCCAGAGGCCCCUGGAACAGCCCUGGAGUCAGGUAGCCAGCCAGACACUUCCAGUACAGAGGGGGGUGAGGAUGACAAGGACCCCAAGAGGAUCAAGCCACACCUCCACUGUCCCGUGUGCAAGGUCACGGUCAACUCUACAUCUCAGCUGGAGGCACACAACAGUGGUACGAAGCACAAACAAAUGCUGGAGGGCCAGAGCGUCCAGCCGCGGCGCCGGGGGAAGAUGGCGGGGGCUGGGGGGCGCUCGGCCUGCAAGAGCAAGCGCCUGGGCACAAAGGGCAGCGUGGGGGUGGCCAGCAAGAACUUCCACUGCGAGGUGUGUGAGAUCUACGUCAACUCGGAGACCCAGCUCAGCCAGCACAUGAACAGCAGGAGACACAAGGACCGUCUGGCAGGAAAGCCCCCCAAACCCAAGUUCAGUCCCCACAACAAGAGCCAGCCUACCUCCAGCUUAUCGACUGUGAGAUGGACUGGGUAUGCAGGUGGGGCCGUGUCUGCCAUGAAGAAAAUGUUCAGCCAGUACAACCUCACCUCUUUCUCUACUCAGACCAAACUGGCAUUCCAGAAGCAACUGACCAGGAGCCUGACCACUGGCUUCCUGCCCAGCCCCCUCACCCAGCCCACCUUGUGUACCAUGGCAACCAAUCCUCUGGCUCUGCGCCACCCGGCGGGCACCACCUUCUUUCAGACGCCCUUCCUGAGCCCCACCCUGUUCCGGCCCGCCCCGGGGCCCCUGAGGGCCACGCACCCCUCCAUCAUCUUCUCCCCUUAUUAAUGACACAGUACAGCCCCCCGUCCCUCUGUCCCCCUCUACCAACCCCCUUGCCCUGCCUCCAUUACUGUGACCCACAUGACGAGGGCCACGCCACGCACAAACUAUGCAGACCACAGAAACCAGGAUGGAGAGAACGAAGCUAACAACUGCUCAUAUCAUGGAGGACACACCCCCAAUGCCAAGGCCCUGCCUCCUCUCCACCACACCCUAUCUGUCUGCUCCUUCUUCUGUGGUUGGUGGCCUGAGGAACGGGACACACCUCCACGGACAGACUGGUGCAGCCAGGAGGCCUCUCUCUUACACAGCCAUUUCAUGGGUCGAUUUGGUUUGGAUUCUUAAUAUUAUUGUGUAAUUUAUUAGAGAACAAAAAUAGAUGUAUCUGUUUAGUGUGGUUGCCACAAAUAAGGUCCCUUUACGUCAUACUACUCCUCAGAACAUUGUUUCUAUUAUUGGUUGGCUUGCUUUUUGUUGUUAUGGGUCGAUAUAGGGGAUGCUAGCAGGUGAGCCCAAUGCUCUCUGAGCUUGUGACUUUCUUCAGCCAUAUGUGGCGCUGCAGAUCUGCAGUCCUACGGACCCAAGUCUAUGAGUGGGAUCUGUCAGAACUAUAUGAACUCAUAUUUUUCCACCAAGCCCCUAUCUCCCAAACUGUUACUGGGCUCUUGUCAUUGGAACCCAGAGCUCUCAAUUGAUGUGUAGAAUAGAUGAUUAAGCCCUUUCUCUCCCUCUUUCUUUUUCUCGUUCUCUCUCUCUCUCUCUCUGAGUCACAGCCCAACAUGGCCUUUCAUAAUUCAUUUUUUACCUUGCAUCCCCAGAAUUAAGCACUCAUUAAGGUCCUGAAAAGGUCAGCUUGUCAACUUGAUUUUGUCUCAAGUUGCAGAUCUGCCUCAUUAAAUAUCUUUGCUCCGUAGCAGUGCUGGUGCAUUGGUUCUGACUGUCUCUAUUUCUCUCGUUGCGGAACAGGCGGCACAAAAUCAUUUUUAAAAGCCUAGCUGUCUUAUAUUAUAAUCUGCCAUGGUUCCCUGUAUCCCAGUGAUUUUAUAGUGCUUGGUCCCCCAAUUGUAUUCCCUGAGCCAUAGUCCUUAAUUUUCUCUUGAGCUAUCUCAGCAGGAGCUGAUGGAUAGCAGUGAAUGACAAUUUCCCCUUGCUCAAAAAAACCACUAAGGGGUAGAAAUUACUUGAUGGGUUUACAAUCCUCGAUUAAAGGUUUCCACUGUGCAGAGAAAUGUGUGGGUGUGAGAACACAUUUCCCAGAUCACAGAUUGGAUCAUCAGGAAUGGAGGGAAAGAAACAAAGCACAGUGCCAUGGCAACCACAUUAAAAGCACCUUAAACAGAUUUACUUAUGAAAGCAAUGAAAAUAUGUUCUCGUUUUUUGUUGUUGUUCCUGGCGUGGUUUUUCAUAAACUCACGACAGUUUGAUUUAGCAUUUUUCAAUCACACAAACAAUCAACUUAUAACAAUUCAAUUUUAUUGUUGUUAUUAUCCAUGCGACAGGUCUGAAUCUAAAUCUCAGAUCUAGUUACAUUUUUAAAAGCAAUACGUUCAAUGUGUCUGUGUUUAGAACGGUUAUACAGUAGGAGAAUAUAGGAUGUGGGGAGAUGGCUUUAUCUGAUUCGGAACAAUGUAGCUGUACCUCUACAGAGAUACUGUACAGCCUACCGUACUGUAUUUGAAAGGCCAAUUCCAAGAGUAAUUUGAACUGAUGGGUUGUUGUGAUGUGUUUUUCCUUGAUGGUCAAUCUCAUUCUCAUGAUGCUUCAGCCCUCUCUCUGUGUUGACAUUGCUGGGCUUUCACCUUACAGAGGAGCAGGACACGGCGAUUAUAUGGAUUACACAGAACAGCCAGUGUUAUUGAUGUUGCAAGUGCAGUAGAACACAUAAUCAUAUUCCCAUACCCCUCUCUCCUAAACAAGUAGACCCACCUUUUAAACAAACACUCAAUAGCCCCACCAGACCGGCCCCAAUACUUGGGUCUCCUGAUUUAUCCCAACACCAACUCUCUUUGCUGGUUUAUUACCAAACCCAACACUUACACCCAACCAGUCUACUUUAGCAACAGCAAAAUGGGGGAAAUCCUAUGCAGUUAUGUUGUUCCCUUCAGUUCAGUCAGUGCAAUAUUAUUUCCAUGUGUGUGACGCAGCAGCGCCACCUGCAGUGAAGACCAUGUUAUUGCCCUUCUAGAUCAAACCCAGCACUGUUUCUCCUCCAUCUUUUUAAAUCUCUUUGAUUCUGUACAUGUUUCUGAGGCCUUUGUCUAUGGGAAUAUUAAACCAAGUCAUCAGGUCUCUUUGCCAUACCAAUGUGAUUCUCUCCAGUCACAGUAAGUUACUCAGUGAACCAGCCAGCCUAUUGAUCUCCAGUGUUCUGUCUGUCUGUCUAUCUAUCUAUCAUUACAUGGGAACUCUAUGGUAUUCAGACAUUUUAAGGACAUUUUUAUUAAAUAAAUACAUCUAGAGAAGGCAAAUGAUCUAUGUAGAAAAUAUAGAGUAAAUAUAGACAUUUUAUCAAAGUUGCUAUUGUUAUCUUUAUCUUGAUGAAACGCUAUCUUAGCUGAGGGUAGACUGUUGAUGUAGGCUACAGCAGACACACGCUGUACAUGGAAAGGAGAAAUACUUUGCUUGUUUUUUCUUGUUUUAUUUACAUGGUUUUACUGUACUUGUUUUUAACCUACAAAAGAGACAAAUGUUGAAUCGAAAAAUGGUUGAGUGAUUUUUUUUCCUUCUUGUUCAAAGUUGAACUGAAUUAUGGAAUUGAAUUAUUAGCGCCACAACACAAUAGAUGUGGGGGGGGGGAAAUGCCUUUCAGAUGUAAUUAUCCAGUAUAUCCCAAGAGUGUCAACCACUGGUCAGUUUCUGUCCUUCUGGGCUUACAGUUUCAGCUACAUUAAUACCAUACAAUCAUCCACACAAUCAGAGCCUCUCAAACUUCAUCACCGUAGAGAUGGGUCGAGCACUGUACUUGUGGAUGAAGUGAAAUAAUAGCCAUACAGAACAGGAUUGGAGAAGUUUGGAUGUAAGAUGUUCAGACACGGAAUAUGACAAUCAUAUAGGAGGACAUUGUGGUGUGUCCGUGUCUCUCUUUCACUCCUCCAUCCCUGUGCACAGCCAAGGGAACCAUGGAUAGUAGACCAGCCCAGAUACAGAGCUCAGUCCUGGGUAUAAUAAGGGAUGUGUCCCAUUUAUUACAGAAAGAGACACCAUGGAUAAAACAAAGCACUAUGAUCACAUUCUCUUCAAUUGCAGUGUGAUGAAAUGUAAAUUGUCUACCAGUGACCCAUUUAUUCCAGUAAAAGAACAUGUGCUGUAUGUAAUGGCAGGCUAUGAAACUAUAAGGCAGCCAUGUUGACUGAGCCUACUGCCUGUGAGGUGGGAGGAGCUGGAGUUUCUCAGAACUGAGUUUCCUGGUAUAGGAUCUGCAUAUCACUGAUGUCAAAGCACAGCUCUCAUUUCCCCCUAUUUUAUAAGCGAAUGGAGAAAGGUGUCGGUCCCCAUCUGAGUCCUGCCUCAUUAGCCCUGUUUAUACCUGGUUCCAACCUGUUUCCUUUGUCCUGAUCUUGUUCACAUUCUGAUUGUGCCCACAUUUUAGAGAAGUGUAGACAAUUAAAAUAUGCAUUGUGAUCUGAUUGUGAUCAGUUCUUAUACGUGUAAACAGACAAGAUCAGGUCAAGAUCAGGACAAGAUCAGGAUGAUAACAGCAGGUAUAAACAGGGCUAUUGUCACAGAAAGGAGUGGCAUGCUGAGGAACAACAGUCUGGAUGAUAUUCUGGAUUAUCUGCACAGUAUUCACACCCAGGUGGUUUCAGUGGGCAGAACAUCAUAACAUCAUACUCUGGAGCGGCUCCAGAUAAUGGAGAGAGAUUAGGUUCUGAACAAUAUCAUGGAACGGUACUGGAUUCUGGACCACCACCACAGCUCAGCUCAGCGCUGUUCUUCACAGCUUUUCUCUGUCCUUUGUGUACAGAGCAGGUCCUGUGUCAUGUGCUCUUGUUGUCUGAACUGAAGCCAGAGUCAGUCUCCUGCCAUAAUAGUGGCAAUCACCAAAGCCACAUCUGUCUGGAGACUCUUCUGGACUGUAAUGAACUGUAACAAGCAUACCAUAAUGAUGUGAAUUUAGUUCAAUCAGCUAUUCAUUUGUUGGCUUCCCAUCCAUGUCCUUUUUUGGAAGGGGAGCCUGUUCUCUUAAUGUAGUUGGACAGCAAUGUUGUUCUCACUACCACUGUAGGUCCUUAUGCCAGCUCUCCACAUGUGUAAACGUUAGGUAAGCACAAACACACCUCUCCCAUUGCCAAAACAAGGGAAGGUCAAGUGAUCAUACCCAUGUCUGAAGCCAGUGGGGACAGAAGAAACGUGCCAGACCUCUCCCCAAACCCCUACGAUGAUAUAUUGAUCUCUACCUGAAUACUUUGGAGUGACACCCAUUUCUUUUGCUGUGGUGGUCAGUCUGUCAGUCCUUGGGUCCUCCCUCUCUGUAUCAACCCCAUAGGGACACGGAGUCAGUUCAGUGUGUAUGUCAAGAUAUACAGUACAUGUCAAUAUUUAUUUUUGACCUUUUAUUUAACUAGGAAAGUCAGUUAAGAACAAAUUAUUAUUUUCAAUGGCAGACUAGGAAUAGUGAAUUAACUGCCUAGUUCAGGGGUAGAACGACAUAUUUUUACCUUGUCAGCUCGGGGAUUCAAUCUUGCAACCUUUUGGUUACAAAUCCAGCACUCUAACCAUUAGGCUACCUGCUGACCCAAUAUCUGUGGCUGCUUGGCGGGGUUUAGACAGGCAGCCCAGAUCUGAUAUUCUUUUUCACUAAUUGGUCUUUUGACCAAUCAGAUCAGCUCUGAAAAAGCUCUGAUGUAAAAAUCUGAUGUGAAUGACCAAAAGACCAAUUAGUGGGAGAAAAAAGAAACAGAAUUGGGCUGCCUGAGUAAAUGCAGCCCUUGUGUUCCAUUUAAAACCAGUGGUACAUUACAAAACAUGUACUACAAUGUAGAAGAUAUUCUAUGAGGGGACAUGGCCAGUAUUUAUUGUAACACCUUUGUCACUAUGUUCACAGUACAUUUGACUACAGUGAUCUUUAUGAUGUGCAAUAGGAAUUGUAAGGUGGAAUAGAGAAUAAGAUGUUUUAAUAAGCUAUUGAGUCUUUGCUUAAAAUGUUUGUUUUUUUCCCCAUCUGUGUAGAUAAUGCCAGGUUGGAUAUGAAUGACAGAGAAAUAAAUGGGAGAGAGAGAAAUAGACCGAGGGAGAAGGUGGAUAGGGAAAUAAAUCGAUUAGAUCUUUCACUUC